AUGCCUUAUCAAAGGGCUGAAUCAGGGUUCUCGGUGGGCAGUGGAGCAGGGUCGGAGAUCUAUCGAACAGUUUCACAUGCAUUGGCACACACACUCAGCAGCAAGACGCCCCAAGAGCCGAUCGAGGAUGGAGAGGAUGAUAGUGAUAUGGAGAUCAGCAAGGCUGAUGACUGGCAUAUGAUGGCCGAGGUCAAGGAGAUGUUGCGUCAGACUGAGUCGGAUGGAGCCAAGGAGAAACGACUUGGUGUUACGUGGAAGAACUUGACGGUGAAGGGUGUUGGUGCUGAUGCGGCUUUUCAUGAGAAUGUGCUCAGUCAAUACGAUGUUUCAACACUUUUCAAGGAGAGUCGCCAAAAGCCACCGCUCAAGACGAUAGUCGAAGACAGCCACGGCUGCGUCAAGCCUGGAGAGAUGAUCCUGGUCCUUGGACGACCUGGAGCAGGAUGCACAUCGCUUCUCAAGAUGCUAUCCAACCGUCGGCUGGGCUACGCAGAAGUCACUGGCGACGUUAGGUUCGGCUCGAUGGACCACAAGGAAGCAGAACAGUUCCGUGGGCAGAUCGUUAUGAACACAGAGGAGGAGCUCUUCUUCCCAACACUUACCGUAAAGCAAACAAUGGACUUCGCUACCCGCAUGAAGGUACCAUCCCACCUACCAGGAAACCUCACAUCCGCCAAGGAAUAUCAGAACAUCCACAGAGACUUCCUCAUGAGAUCGAUGGGUAUCGAGCAUACGUACAACACCAAGGUCGGUAACGAGUACGUGCGAGGUGUUUCUGGUGGAGAGAGGAAGCGGGUCUCUAUCAUCGAGACAAUGGCGUCAAGAGGGUCAGUCUAUUGCUGGGACAACUCAACACGAGGUCUGGAUGCGUCAACGGCUCUGGAGUAUACCAAGUGUAUACGUGCCCUGACGGAUAUUCUGGGCCUUAGCUCGAUCGUCACACUGUACCAGGCUGGUAACGGCAUCUACGACCUGUUCGACAAGGUCCUCGUUCUCGACGAGGGCAAGCAGAUCUUCUACGGCCCUAUGCCUCAAGCCAAACCAUUCAUGGAAGAGCUGGGCUUCAUGUACACCGAUGGUGCUAACGUCGCCGACUUCCUCACUGGUGUCACGGUACCCACCGAGCGACGUGUCAAGCCAGGCAUGGAGCACCGCGCUCCUCGCACAGCAGAAGACAUCCGAGCAUACUACGAGAAGACCAAUGUCAAGUACCUGAUGGAAUCGGAAUACAGCUACCCAGACUCCGACGAAGCCAAGCAGUACACCGAGGCCUUCAAAGAGAGUGUCACCCACGAGAGGAACCCGAGUUUGCCUAAGAAGUCGCCUUUGACUGUCAGCUUCUACACACAGGUCAGCGCUGCUGUCAUCAGACAGUAUCAACUGCUUUGGGGUGACAAGGCGACUUUUUUCAUCACACAAGGUGCAACCAUCGCCCAGUCGCUGAUUGCUGGCUCGCUCUUCUAUGAUGCGCCCGCAAACUCAUCCGGUCUCUUCUCAAAGGGUGGUGCCCUCUUCUUCGCACUGCUGUACAACUCCCUCCUAUCCAUGAGCGAAGUCACCAACUCUUUCGCUGCCCGUCCGGUCCUGGCCAAGCACCGCGGCUUCGCACUCUACCACCCUGCCGCUUUCUGUAUCGCUCAGAUCGCAGCCGAUAUCCCGCUCAUCUUGGUCCAGGUCACGCUCUACUCGAUCCCAGCCUACUUCAUGACGGGUCUCAAAGAUACCGCCGGCGCAUUCUUCACGUUCUGGGUUCUCUGUUUCGCAGUGACUAUGACGAUGACGGCCUGCUUCAGAUCUAUCGGUGCUGCAUUCCCAAACUUCGAUGCUGCUUCGAAGGUCUCUGGGUUCUUGAUCUCGGCGCUGAUUAUGUAUACUGGUUACAUGAUUGCGAAGCCGGAUAUGCAUCCUUGGUUUGUGUGGAUUUAUUGGAUUGAUCCGCUUGCUUAUGGCUAUGAGGCGCUGUCUGGUAAUGAGUUUGCUGGUCAGGUCAUUCCUUGCGUGAACAACAAUUUGGUACCCAAUGGUCCUGGCUACGCCGACAAUCGAUUCCAAGCUUGUACCGGUGUACGUGGUGCACAAGUUGGUGCUGCGUCUCUGACUGGAGAAGAAUACCUCGAGGGCCUGUCAUACAGUGCUGACAAUGUCUGGCGCAACUUUGCUAUCAUCUGGGCAUGGUGGGCUCUCUUCGCUGCGUUGACAAUCUACUUCACCAGCAAGUGGAGUAUGAUCUCUGGAAACUCUGGCUUCCUGGUCAUCCCUCGCGAGAAGGCGAAGAAGGCAGCACAUCUGGUCAAUGACAAAGAGUCUCUCCUAGCAUCAUCUGGUGCUAGUGAGAAGUCAUCGCGUGGCUUUGAUGACGAAAAGCCGAGAGACACCAACGUCGACAGCCAGCUCAUCCGCAACACCAGUAUCUUCACCUGGAAGAACCUCACUUACACCGUCAAGACGCCUACUGGUGACCGUAUUCUGCUAGACAACGUUCAAGGAUGGGUGAAACCCGGUAUGCUUGGUGCGCUCAUGGGCUCUUCUGGCGCUGGUAAGACAACACUCCUCGACGUCCUCGCACAACGCAAAACAGAUGGUACCAUCAAAGGAAGCGUCCUCGUCGACGGCCGCGAGCUUCCAGUCUCCUUCCAACGCUCCGCCGGCUACUGCGAACAGCUCGACGUCCACGAGCCCCUCGCAACCGUUCGCGAAGCCCUCGAGUUCUCCGCCCUCCUUCGCCAAAGCAGAGACAUUCCCAAAGCAGAGAAGCUCAAAUAUGUCGACACGAUCAUCGACCUCCUCGAAAUGCACGACAUCGAAAACACCCUCAUCGGCACAACCUCCGCCGGCCUCUCGGUCGAACAACGCAAACGUCUCACUAUCGGCGUCGAGCUCGUUUCCAAGCCCUCUAUCCUCAUUUUCCUCGACGAACCCACCUCCGGUCUCGAUGGCCAAGCUGCGUUCAACAUCGUCCGUUUCCUCCGCAAACUCGCCGAUGUAGGUCAAGCUGUCCUGGUAACAAUCCAUCAACCGUCCGCCUCCCUCUUCGCCCAAUUCGACACACUCCUCCUCCUCGCCAAGGGCGGCAAGACCGUCUACUUCGGCGACAUAGGCGACAACGCAUCCACCAUCCGUGACUACUUUGGUCGCUACGGUGCUCCAUGCCCUACCCACGCCAAUCCCGCCGAGCACAUGAUCGAUGUCGUCUCCGGCUCCCUCUCCAAGGGCCGCGACUGGAACCAAGUCUGGCUCGAAUCGCCCGAGUACUCCAACAUGAACACCGAACUCGACCGUAUGGUCUCCGACGCCGCCUCAAAGCCACCCGGCACCACCGACGACGGCCACGAAUUCGCUAUGGGCCUAUGGGACCAGAUCAAGCUCGUAACCCACCGCAACAACAUCUCCCUCUACCGCAACGUAGAAUACGCCAACAACAAAUUCUCCCUCCACAUCGGCUCCGGCCUCUUCAACGGCUUCACAUUCUGGAUGAUCGGCAACUCCGUCGCAGACCUGCAACUCCGCCUCUUCACCAUCUUCAACUUCAUCUUCGUAGCACCAGGCGUCAUGGCCCAGCUGCAACCCCUCUUCAUCGACCGCCGCGACAUUUACGAGGCGCGCGAGAAGAAGAGCAAAAUGUACCACUGGUCCGCGUUCGCAACGGGCCUCAUCGUCUCGGAAAUCCCAUACCUGGUCAUCUGCGCGAUUCUCUACUUCGUCACGUGGUACUGGACCGUCGGGUUUCCCAGGGAUAGCAACAAAGCCGGCGCGACCUUCUUCGUCAUGCUCUGUUACGAAUUCAUCUACACGGGAAUCGGCCAGGCGGUAGCUGCCUACGCCCCCAACGCUGUCUUCGCAACCCUUACGAAUCCUCUCAUUAUCACGCUGCUCGCCUCCUUCUGCGGCGUGCUACUCCCCUACGACCAAAUCCAGUCCUUCUGGCGGUACUGGAUGUACUACCUUAACCCGUACAACUAUCUCAUGGGCAGCAUGCUCGUCUUCUCGACCUUCGACGUUGAGGUGACAUGCAAGACUUCCGAACUGGCCAUCUUCAAUACCCCCAAUGGCGAAACGUGCGCGGAGUAUUUGGCGGGGUAUCUACAAGGUUUCGGAUCGAGGACGAAUUUGCUGAAUCCGAUGGACACGACGGGGUGUCAGGUGUGUCAGUAUAGGACGGGUGCUGAUUACCUUUAUGCGCUGAAUUUGAAGGAUUAUUAUUAUGGGUGGAGGGAUGCGGGGAUUACGGCGUUGUUUGUGUUUUCGAGUUAUGGGUGUGUUUAUUUGUUGAUGAAACUCCGGACAAAGGCUAGUAAGAAGGCAGAGUAG